AUGAUUUUGUUUUCAUGUAUAGUAUCUUUACUAAAUUGUCGUUUGUUAGAAACAACACUUGGUUGUUCAAUAACGAUUGAAUAUGAAAGAAUAGAAUGGAAAGAAAAUAUUCAUUGUAAUAUUCGAUUUCAUGGACGACAUAGUUUAUCACCGAUAUUUCCUAUUGAAAUAAUACGAGAUGAUCGAAUACAAAUGAAUUUUGUAUUUAAAGAUAUUGGCAAAAUUAUGGCUAUUGAAAUACAAUUAUUAUCAAAUGAACAAGUCGGAUUAAAUAUUAAAUGGAUCGAAAUUAGUAUUCCAAGAAAAUUAUUCUCACAAAAAUUUGAUGUACAACGUUGGCUUCAUCCAAACAUAGGUGAUGGACGAACUCGACUUAUUUUAACUCCAAAUGAAUUACCUGGUUAUAUGCCUAAGAGAAUGUUGACGAAUACUGAACCACCGAAACGCGACAAUGUCAAAUAUAUGUUACUUAUUGAAGUUACGCGUAAAAAAGGAAAUCCUGAUGAAUCGAUAUUAUCAAUUGACUUGAUUGGGAGAUAUGGUCGAACAGGAGUACAACAAAUUAAUCUAAAAUAUGAUACAAUUACACCUUUAAAAACUGAUACUCGUUCAAAUAUGUUUGAACUAACGAUGCUUGAUAUCGGUCUAUUACAUGAAUAUGAAAUAAAACUAGAAAAUUCACAAAAUAUUGGUGCUUAUUUUAUUUCAACGAUAUAUAUUCAUCGAAAGCAAUACUAUGAAAUUGAUAUUCAUCGUUGGAUUGAAAAUGGUCAAACAUUACGUGGAAAUAUUCAAGAAUUAGAACUAUCAAUCGCAUCAACAUUAUUCAAUAAAACUCAAUUAAAAUCAUCAUUUAUUUUAUGGAUAACUGGUUCAGCACUAAUCGAAAAAGAGAUAACAUUACCAAUUAAAAUACAAUUCAAAUGUCAGAAUAUAAUGACAGAUCCAAUUGAAGAAACUAUUACUAUUCAGCCUGAUUUCGUAUCGGUUUUAGUUAUAUCAACAGCUUGUAAAAUGCCUUUAAAUUCAAUUACACUUGGAUAUAAUCAAAACCGAAUCAAUUAUUGUUUAGCAACAGAAAUUGUUGUUCUCGAUGUUUUUCAAGGUCAAUAUUUCUAUUUUUUAUCUAAUAAUGAAUUACCAAAAUCCAUAAAUGAAACUGAUUUUUAUGUAUUUACACCAAAUAAAAAAGAUGAUCCGUUAUCCUUACAACAACAUUCUAAACAUUAUAUUAUAUCGAUAUUAACAUCUGAAAAGAAUAUAUCCGAAAAACAUACGAUAAAAAUAGUUCUACGUGGUGAACGAGGUUUAACUAAUAUGCUUUCAUUACAUAAUUCAUCUUGGAAUAAACUUCCAUUUCAAUCAAAACAUAAAGAUAAAUUUUUAUUACUCACAUCGGAUAUUGGAAAAAUAAUAGGUUUAACUAUGUUUCAUACAAGUGAAGAAUCAAAAUUUUAUUUUGAUAUUUUGGAAAUAUUUUUACCGGAUACAAAAACAUGUAUAAGAUUAAAUGAAAAAUAUGAAAUAUUUAAUGAAAUUAUCGAUUUUAAUUGUCAAGAAUUAACUGUUGUUUAUAUUGUUCAAAUCAAAACAGGUUUUAGUACAUUAAAUGAAACAGCAGAUAUUAUUUUAACUUUAAUUGGUGAAGAAAAUUCGAUUGACUGGAUUUUAUUAACAUGUGAUAGUGAUACAAAACCAUUUUCUACUGGACAACUUGAUACAUUUUAUAUUCCAACGAAGAAAUUAGGCAAAAUUCGUGCUGUGGAUAUUAACUGUUCAAAUGUAGAUAUUAAAUGUAAAUGGUUUUGUGAAAUGAUCUAUGUUCAUGAUACAGUAUUUAAUAUUAAAUCUAAUUAUUUAAUUAAUCGUUGGUGUGGUGAUCAUCAAGAAACAGAUUUUGUUGAUACAUUAAAUACAAUAAGUAAAACAACACUUAUUCAAUCAGCUUCAACUAAAUUAUUAACAACUUUUCUUUUGACGGUAAAAACUGGUAUUCGAACAAUAAGUUCCAUUUUAAUACCAUCGAUUUAUAUUUUCUUUGCUGGUCAAUUUGGAAGUUCACCUGUUAUUCAUCUAAAUGAAUUAACAGAUCGAAUUGAUUUAUUUCAAUCGUUAGAAAUCGAUGAAUUUACUUUAACAAUACCUGAUACAGGCAUGCCGGAUAUUAUGCGUAUUUGGAAUACAGAAGAUCUCACUUCAUGGACAUGUGAAUAUAUCGAUAUUAAAAAUCUCGAGAAUUCAAAAACAGCUCACUUUCCAAUGGAUGUAGAUUUGCAAAAAACUGAUCCAUUAUUUUCAUCUUAUAUUGAUCUUGAAGUUGAUAUUGGUCGAAUAACACUUUCAUUACCGGGACCACGUCACGACGCUGCAUAUCCUUCAUAUGAAUUAAUUAUUCGAACUAAAGAAACAAUAAAUAUCGAUAAUAGUAUUGUUAGUAUACAAAUAAAAGGUAAUCAAAAUGAAUCAAAACAAUAUCCAUUGAUUGAAAGUAAUAACAAUCAACCAUUGAAAACUGAUGCAAUUUCGAAAUUUUUUCUUUAUGGUGUUUGUCCACUUGGAGAAUUGAAAGAAAUAACAAUUUAUUUUGAGAAAUAUCAUAAAGAUACGAUAUGGCAAUGGGAAUAUAUAAUUAUUUAUGAUUUUCUAAAUGAUAAAUAUUAUGGUACUAAAAUGAAUAAUAAUCAAAUUUCUGGGAAAUUUAAAAUAGGCAGAAUAAAUACUAUUGAUCCAGAUCAUUUAAAUGAUGAACUUAAUCGUAUACAAACUGAAUUAACUGAUGAAAAUAUUCCUGAAUUAGAUCCUGUCUAUAGAAUAGUAUAUAAAACUCAAGCAAAUAUAAUAACAAAUGUAACUCGUAAUGCUGAAAUUCUCAUACGAUUAAUUGGCGAUAGAACAACAUCAUUUUUUUCACUUGAACAAACUCGUCAAUUAACUCCUGGAGUGAUUAACGAGUAUUUCUAUCGAGGAAAUGAAUAUAUCAAUGAAUUAAGCAAAAUAGAACUUCAAUUAAUCGAUGACGAAAAUAGUCGAUGGGCUUGUGAAUCAAUCGAAAUUCAAGAUUUAAAAACUAAUAAUAUUAUUCUAUUUCCAAUCAAUGAUAUUAUUGAACCAAGAAAAAUAACAACAUGGAAAUCAGGUGUUAAAUCUACUAUUAUCUAUUUAAUACAUAUUCGAACAGGAUAUCAAGGUGCUUCAUUAAAUUUUCGUUUUGGUUCUGUUUAUUUAUAUUUAAAAUUCUAUGGUGAUUCUGGUGUAUCGAAUGAAAUACCAUUACAUAUUCCAAUGGAACAAUCAUUUUAUCUUAAAUCGAAUCAAACGGAUACAUUUGAAAUAGGACAAAUGAUGACAUCAGUUAUUGGUCAAAUAAGUUCAAUAGAUAUAUAUCAUAAUGGAAAGAAAGAAGAUUUUUGGAAUAUUGAUUGGAUUCAGAUAAAAGAUAUAACAACAAAUAAAUCAUUUAAUUUUACAAUUGGAAAAUGUUUGAAUAAAGAUUUAGGAACAAAUUUGAAGAUUUUACAUAUACCAGUAGAUGUAUCUAGAAGAAAAUCAAAUCAACUUGAUUCCAUAUCAAACUAUAUAAUACGAAUUAAAACAGGUGCUCAGACACCUGUACAUACAGAAGGAACGAAUGAAUUAUCUAUUGUAUUAAUUGAUUCAGUAAAUGAUUCUAUUCGAAUACCAUUAGAACAAAAUAAUAGUUCAACACGAUCGAUUUUUCAAGCUGGUCAAGAGGAUAGAUUUGAUAUAACUAUUACGCCAAUGUUAGAAUUAAAAGUUUUACAAAUAUAUUAUACUGGAACUUUUCCUUGGUUUUGUGAACGAAUUCUUAUUACUGAUCAAAUAAGUGGAUUAUCUUAUCGAUUCGAUGUUGAACAAUGGUUUACAGAAAAAAUAGAAGAUAAUCCAGUUAAUAUUUUUGCACAACGAGAAGAUGAUAUUGGUUGGAUUUAUUCUGUAACAAUUAAAACUCAAGCUGUUUUACCAGCACAAACGAACUUACGAGGAAAAAUUAUUUUAUCAAUUUAUGGAGAAAAUUCGUCAUUAAAUGAUGCUAUUCUUGGUUCAGGACGAUUAAUGUAUGGAUUAUUUCAUGCUGGAAGUGAAGAUACAAUUGAAAUAAAAAGUCCUAAACGACUUGGAGAAAUUCAUUCAAUUGAAUUACGUCUUGAAGUAUCGGAAUGGCAAUCAUGGUUAUGUGAUAUGAUUGAAAUUAUUGAUCUAACAUCGAAUUGGAAUUUUUUAUCACAUACAAUGAUUCCAAAAACAUAUAAAUUUCCAAUUAAUCGUUGGCUUGGUGCACAUGCUAUGGAUAAACGAACUAUUAUUCGUUCAACAAUAAAUCAAGAACCUGGAUAUGCUAAAAUGCCAACAUAUAUAGUUCAUAUUUUAACUGGUAGUAAAAAUAUGAUAACGGAAUCGAAUAUUCAAUGCAAUGUUUAUUUACAAAUAUUUUGUACAAUUUCAAAUAAUGUCUAUGGACCUAUUCUAUUAGAUAAAUCUUCAAAUAAUACACAAUCAUUUCGUAAAGGUCAAAUCGAUGAAUUUUAUAUAAAUGAUUUAUCAUAUUGUGGUGAAAUAAAAAAGAUACGUUUAUGGCAUGAUGGUGGUAAGACAACGUCAUGGCAUUGUGAAUGGAUUAAAAUAACGAAUGUUCAAAAGAAUGAAAUCUAUGAAUUUUUAGUUGAAAAACUUUUAGAUGAAGAUAUUGAAGAAGGUUCAAGUAAUUUAAUUUUAUAUAGUAAAAAAAAAGAUGAAAUCAAUGAAAGUGAACUUAUUACACCACAAACUUUAAUUUCAUAA